AUGUUUGCACAACCUCCAAGCGGCUUGACCACACCACCUAACAGCGUUCCCUCUACGCCUAUUCCAAGCAUUGAGCGCUUCCCUCGCGUCGAGGAUGACAGCUUAUAUGAUUUGAUUGGAGUCGGUCUGGGUCCGACACAUCUCGCACUCGCUAUCGCACAUGAAGAGAGCAGCAGCGAAAGUGAAAAAUGUCUCUUUAUGGAAGUUAAGGAUGAAUUCAGCUGGCAUGCUCCACUUUUAUUACCUGCAUCUAGGAUGCAAAUUAGCUUUCUAAAGGAUCUCGCAACAUUCCGUAACCCUGCUUCAACUUACACCUUCGUCAACUACCUUCACUCUCAUGGUAUUGAUCGUUUAGCCGGUUUCUCGAAUAUCGGAUGCUGGACGCCGUCUCGUACUGAAUGGGCAGCAUACCUUACUUGGGCUGCUGAAAGGUUGAGUGACGUGGUCGAAUACUCCACUCGCGUUCUCAAUGUCGAGCCAGUCAUUGAGGACACUAAGGUGCACAAACUUCGUGUCACGUCGGUACACUAUCCUACUGAGACUAUCCACGUAAGAUACACGCGAAACAUCUCUGUCGGAGUAGGCGCUAUACCUAAGAUUCCACAAGUCUUCUCCACUGCUGAAAAAGCAAACAAUGCGAUAACUCACACAUGUCAAUACCUUCCUACACUCAGAUACUUGUUUGGUCACCAUGAAGAGAACACAGAGUUUAAUGGCAGCUUUGCAGUUAUUGGUGGAGGACAGUCCUCAGCAGAGGUAUACAACGACCUCAUCAAUCGCUAUCCAAAUGCCAACGUCGAUCUUAUCUACAGAGCCUCGGCACUCGUCCCAGCUGAUGACAGUCCGUUCGUCAAUGCUAGAGCUUUCGAUCCAGCUUCGACGGAUGAGUUCAACAGACUCACUCCACAAGCCAGGAUGGAGCGCUUAGAAGAGUUUAAGAGGGCCAAUUACUCGUGUGUUGCACCGGAGCUUCUCGAAGGGCUCUACAAGCUUCUUUACAAGCAGCGGGUGAAGGAGGACAUAGCCAGAGAUGCAGGACUGCCCAUCCCAGCAGCGCAAUACAACAUCAAGUCAAACAGCAAAGUGACAGCCGUUAAGCUCAACGGUAAGCGUACGAUACUUGACAUACAAUCUACGCUGGACUUUAACGACCGUGAAAAUCUUGAGACACCAGUAUCAAAAGAGUAUGAUGCCGUCUUUUUAGGAACUGGAUAUGAGCGUCCACCAACGCAGCUGGAGUUUUUGCGAGACGUGUCGCCAUACCUACCUAAACUGAAGACAGCUCUGUCUGUAGCGCAACUCGAGCCCAGCGCUAAGGUGCCACCAUUGGUUGAGCGUAAUUACUACGUUGCGCCGGAGAGUGAGGAAGUGUUUAAACCACGCGUGUUCUGUCUUGGUCAGAAUGAACAGUCUCACGGACUCUCAGACAGUCUUCUCUCUGUAGGCGCUGUGAGAGCGGGAGAGGUGUUUUCAGCGCUAUCAAAAUAA